GCUGCGAUUGGCCCAAGCGCAAAGCUCCAUCUCACACAAAAAUCCAACUCCAAAUUCUAGCCUUUUUUUUCUUUCGUAGCUGGACCUGGGGGAUUCUUUGACCAAACAUCACGCCAACCGCAGAUAUCAGCAACCAUGUCUCACCGGAAGUACGAGGCCCCUCGCCAUGGUUCCCUGGCGUACCUGCCGCGGAAGCGCGCCGCCCGCCACAGAGGAAAGGUCAAGUCCUUCCCCAAGGACGACGCCAAGAAGCCCGUCCACCUGACGGCCACGAUGGGCUACAAGGCCGGCAUGACCACGAUCGUCCGCGACCUCGACCGCCCGGGUGCGAAGGCUCACAAGAAGGAGGUCGUGGAGGCUGUGACAAUCAUUGAUACCCCACCUAUGAUGGUUGUGGGUCUGGUUGGCUAUAUCGAGACUCCCCGUGGCCUGCGCUCCCUGACCACUGUCUGGGCUGAGCACUUGAGCGACGAGGUGAAGCGCCGUUUCUACAAGAACUGGUACAAGAGCAAGAAGAAGGCCUUCACCAAGUACGCCAAGAAGCACUCCGAGAACAGCGGCGCGUCCAUCACCCGCGAGCUGGAGCGCAUCAAGAAGUACUGCACCGUCGUGCGCGUUCUGGCGCACACCCAGAUCCGCAAGACGCCCCUCAAGCAGAAGAAGGCCCACCUUAUGGAGAUCCAGAUCAACGGUGGCUCCGUCGCCGACAAGGUCGAGUUCGGCCAUGGCCUCUUCGAGAAGCCCGUCUCGGUCGACUCCAUCUUCGAGAAGGACGAGAUGAUUGACGUCAUCGCCGUCACCAAGGGUCACGGUUUCUCCGGUGUCACCGCUCGUUGGGGCACCAAGAAGCUGCCGCGCAAGACUCACAAGGGUCUCCGCAAGGUCGCCUGUAUCGGUGCCUGGCAUCCUUCCCACGUCCAGUGGACUGUUGCCCGUGCCGGUCAGAUGGGUUACCACCACCGUACCUCGGUCAACCACAAGGUUUACCGCAUCGGCAAGGCCGAUGCCGACGACAGCGCCGCUACCGAGAUCGAUGUCACCAAGAAGAAGAUCACUCCCAUGGGUGGCUUCGUUCGUUACGGCGAGGUCAACAACGACUUCGUCAUGGUCAAGGGCUCUGUUCCUGGCGUCAAGAAGCGCGUCAUGACUCUUCGCAAGUCGAUGUUCAUCCACACCUCCCGGAGGGCCCUCGAGAAGGUCGAGCUCAAAUGGAUCGACACCUCGUCCGAGUUCGGGCACGGUGCUUUCCAGACCCCUGCCGAGAAGAAGCAGUACCAGGGCACGCUCAAGAAGGAUCUGGACACCAGCGCAUAAAGCGUGUCGGUUUCUUGUUGAUUUUCUCGGUUUACAAUGGCAUUGGUGUCACGGUCUCGUUGCUCUUUGGGUUGGGGUAUGGAAUUCUACCUAGCAUUUUCAGCUUAGUAAAAGGGCUGCAUGAGAGGAAUGGGAAAAUGAACCAAUUGCCAUUGAUAGUUGCUCAGUGAUAAAAUCCAUAUCGUGUGCACAGUAUCUGUAAACGCAGCCUCACCUUCCGUGGUGGGGUUCGUCCAAUCAGUGGGCGGAACACCCCGCCGGCGCUGCUGUGUGGUGCAAACGCCUGGACGUCUUGGCACGCGCGCGCGGGUUGCGCAACACUUUCUAAUUUUUAUCGAUUUUUG